AUGUACGGAUGGCCAGGAUCAGCUUAUGAAAGGCCGCCUGUGCCUGAAGAACCCAAGAUUUGCAGCAUUGAAUUCAUCCGACGGGUGCCCGUUCGCAGUCACUCCGGAACGCAUAUGCAGGUAUUUGACAAAGUGAUUCAAGGAGUCAUUUACACGAAAAAGGUGACUCUGCGGAAUCUUGAAAGCGUUGGGAGGCGCAUGAGAUUAGAGAUCGACCCGAAAAGUCCGUUUCGAAUUUCCCUCCCAAAGUACCCGGGAGGUGGCGUCCUUCUGGAUUCACUUGCUGGCAGCUGCGGCGAAGAGCAAGCGACCCCACAUGUCUCAGGAAUUGUAGCGACUGGAAUGUCCGUUCAGGUUUGGGUUUCUUUCUGCCCAACACCUUCCGCACCGGAGGCAACGGGCCUGCUGGAGCUCCACACCGAGAAGGGCGCAUUCGCAAUACCGCUUCUAGCCCGCAAAGAGCCCCCUUCGUUGCUUUCUUUACCUCGAGUGUUAGACUUUGGCGCCGCGCGCCCGGGAGAGUCAGUUGUAAUGGAACUGUGUCUGCAAAAUGAGGGAGGAGAGGGGACUGUAAGGGCUUUAAUAUCUCCACAUGCUCCGGGCGGAAGCAAGGAGAGAGCUGCGUCGCGUUGCCCCUUUUUAUCCACAAAAAAACAGCAUCAAGAAGCAGCGCCUCUUGCUCUUAAAGAGCCCACAAAAGUGCCUUAUACUGGGUGGCCGGCGGAUUGUGAAGAAGCAUUUACGGUGUUGAGAAGGGAUUUCUUGUUGGGUCGGGGGGACAGAGGGGCUUCGCUGAUGUUACGGUUUACUCCAAGUAAACCGGGACUGUUCGCUGCGUCUUUGCAACUCAUAUCAGCAGCCCAAAAGGCUUCUGAUGGAGAAGAGCUGAACAUCCUUGCUACAGUUGAACUCCGCGGGUUCGCAGAGGCAGCUGCACUGACCCUUAAAGAAUUCUGUGGCACUCAGUGGCCCUCACACCUCCCUUUUUUCUUUAUGCCUGGGCUCUGCGUCCUGCCAGGGCUAAUGGCAGCAGAACCAGUUGCUCCGAAAUUCGGUGGUCAUCCACACAGUGCUUUUAAAGCAGAAGAAGUAACAACAGCAGCUUCAGCAGAAGAAAUUUCAGCAGAAGAAUUGGCACCAGUGGGCCGUAAAAUGGACGAUUCUGUUUGUUUUACCGGAGCUCAGAUCUUCCAGGCCAUCAAAUGCCUACUACCUCGCAUCAUGGACUUUGGCUGUUCUCUGCGUGGCGGCCCCCCUAUCUUCCGUUCUGUCGUGCUCUGCAACGAAGGGCAGCUACCCAUACAUGUGGUCUGGCGCCACGCUGCAAAACAACAAAGAGCAUCAGCCACAGCACCACUAGCAGCAAAUGACAUUUCAGAACUGUGCAGUGCAUUUUCUGUUUCGCCAUCGGAGGCUGUCAUUCCCCCAAAAGGAAGCCGCUCCUUUUGUUUUGCAGUGAACCCACGGAUGCUGCCGACCGCGCUGCCAGAUAGCCGCAGUAGCAGAAGUGGGUUAUUCUUCUUCGAAUUUUCUCUUUGGAUUGUAAAUGUUUCUUCCCGCGCCCUCCUCUCUCCGCAAGCCAUUACGUGCCCAGAGAGUGCCCAGGGCCUCUCACCCAUGAAUGGGGUGAAAGGAGAGAUUGAAAAAAAUAACGCAGAUAAAUGCGAAGACAUUGACACAGUUAAAAGCAAAGAAAAGGGAAAAACUGCGGAAGAAGACCCGACGGAGCUCAAAGUGCGCUGGACACCCCUCUUUGCAGAGCCGGAUUCAAGAUGCCAUAACGCUGAAAGGGGUGGAAAGCUGACGCAUAUGGAGUGUUUGGAGGCUGCGGCAGAAAAAUACCCUAAGGAGUGGAAGCUGCUGCGGCUUCAGCAGCGUGUCAGAGUGACUCAGCCAAAGGUGGUGGCCUUAGGCAUUGCCACCGCUGGAGACAAGGCGGAAUCUCCCAUCACUAAACGUAUGAGGCCGUGCGCAGUACAAAGUGUAGUCUUUAGGUUUAAGAAUGAGGGGCUCGCUGACGUCUUCCUGUCUGUGCACCCUAAUUUUCGGGCACUGAAAGUACGCUGGAGAGGUGCUAACCACAGUAACGCAAGUAGUGAGCUAAGUGGCCCCCGUACAAGAACAACGAACUGCACCAGCAGCAGCGGCAGCGCCUCCACUGGAAAUGAAUGGGAAACUGCGUGGCUUCUUCGCGUUGAAGAGGAUGAAAUCGAAGGACUUGAGAAAGAAACAGAUCUUGGAUACAUGACCAGUGUUGAAGAUGUUUUUGAUGGUUUCCUUCAGAUCUUUGGACAGAGCCCUCAGCCUUUUGGCUACUUCUGUGUGGCAAGUAAAGAACAACGCGUUGUCCCUCCAGGAGCGAAGGGGAAGCUUGCCAUGAGGCUGCUGCCGCUUUGCUGCGGUGCUAUGUCCAUGGAUGUUCCUCUUUCCGUGUUUCCACUCAAAGAGACGGAUGUUCCGUCGUUGGUUCCUGUCUCCAAUGCAGCAGGAGCCCCUUCAGCAACCGGUUGCGAAGAACAGUUACGUUUGGUGUUCCCCCUUUGUAUUGAAGUAUUUCGCCCUCGAGUGUCUCACUUUUGGCCUCCACAAAUUGAUUUUGGGAUGGUGCGCGCUCAUACUCGGACUAGUCGAGCCCUCCUCGUUCGCAACACUUCUCUAGUCGCUGCCGCUGUUCGCCUUCGCUUCGCAAGUGCUGACGAGGUUUUUUCCCCAGCAGCAGAACGCCUUGGGCCUCCGGAGGAUGAUAUGGUUGCCGGAGCUUUUCCUUGUCAUUUCAGUUCUUCACUUAUCAGAGCCCCAAGUGAGGAGCCCGAAAAAACUGUAGACAAAAUCAUGAGCACGGCAGCAGCAACAGGAACGGCAACGACGGAGGCUAAAAGUGCCGGAACCAGAGCGCCAGCAGCAGGUAGCGCUGAAAUCUGUGAGGCACAAUCCUGCAAUCCGUCUGCAACGGUGCGCUGCUGCACCAAGUGCCUCUGCGUAGACGAGUCUUUGCUUUGCUGCGAACCUUUUCUUCGUGACCCACUGAACGCAGCAGAUGCUGCUGCAGCUGAGGCCGAAGCAGCUGCAGCAGCUGCAGUUGAUGCUAAGGUUUCUUCUGAUUCAGACGGUGAGUUUGAAGGUGCGUGA